AAGUAAAUGCCAAAUCCCUAAAGAGCUCUGGGAAUUCUAAGCCACAGAAAACUUGAGGGCCUGAGGCAAUGGCCAAUGGCAAACAAAGCUUCGCUUCUUUCAUUCUCUCAAAUUCUGAAAACUCCUGCAAUCCGAGUUACAGAGUUCCCCACCAAUGGCGUCCACCUCUACUCUCCAAGCUCCAUAUUCUCUCUCCCUCAAACCCCAAAACGUGACCCACCUUCUACAUGGCUCGAGAGCCGCCACGACGAGAGCCAGGAGCCGAAGGAGAACGUACAGUGGGGCGGGCGUUUUUGCAGCAACAACGGGUCCAAGCAAACCCCAAAGACCUCCUCCAGGAGUCGAUACCAGAAUCCACUGGGAUAAUGAAGAUGAAGGCUGGAUUGGGGAGUCAUCCAAUUCCCGGCAAACCAAGGAGAAACUGAAUCCUGAAGAAGAACAAAAGAGUCUCCUGGGUGAAAAGUUUGCUGAUUUCCUCAAUGACUCCUCUGAUUCUCAUUACCAGUUCUUAGGAGUCUCAGCAGAAGCCGAUUUGGAGGACAUAAAAGCAGCUUACAGAAGGCUGUCAAAAGAGUAUCAUCCAGACACAACUUCGCUACCAUUGAAAGCAGCUUCAGAGAAAUUCGUAAAGUUAAGGGAGGUUUACAACGUUUUGAGCGACGGAGAGAGCCGCAGUUUCUACGACUGGACGCUCGCACAAGAGGCCGCCAGCCGUAAAGCCGAGAAACUGAGGAUGAGAUUGGAUGAUCCGUACCAGCAAGACGUGAGGAACUAUGUACCGAAACCGGAUAAGGUCGACCGCCUGGGCGGAAGGAACAUGGAGCUGAACGAUCAGGCUUUGUCGGCCCUCACCUUCGAUGCUUUCGUCAUAAUCUUUGCGAUUUGUUGCAUCGUUUAUGUGCUUGUGUUCAAAGAACCAUAUUACUAGAUUGACUGAUUCUAUACGUAUAUGUUGGCAUAUGUAGCUGAGGAGUUCGGAAUGGAAGAUUCUGAGAAUUUGUACAUAAUGUUCAUUGAAAUGAACCUAUAGUUGUUAAAAGAA